ACCAAAAUGGUUUACAUAAAAUGUCAGCGUUGGAGUAAAGAUUAUCCUGUAAGUCUGUGUGGGUGCAGCUCACAAACAACAAACUGAUAAGAUUGAUAUCUUUCACUAAAUAUCUCAAUUACUGGAAUUAACAGCAAUAUGAAGAGCAUCUUUAAAAUUAUAAUUUUAUUACACGUGUGUGCAGGUGUGUUUGGUUAUGAAGAUGAAGUGAAGUCAGUGUCAGUGUAUGAGGGAGAUUGUGUUACUCUACACACUGGUGCUGUAAUGCCAUGGAACCACAAUGUUGAUAUAAGGUGGAACUUCAAAAAUGGUUUUAGCUUGGUUUAUAGAUAUCAUCCACCUAAGAUUAUUGUAAAUAACACCACAUAUUCAGAUUUUGCUAUUGAGACAUUCAAAGACAGACUGCAUAUAUCAGAAAGGACUGGAGAUCUCACAAUCAGGAACAUCAGAAUCAAACACACUGGACUGUAUGAAGCAAAGAUAUUCGGGUCAGAUAUCAAGAGAUUCAGUGUUGUUGUCAAAGAGUCUCCUCAUGUAAUUAAUGCUGAAACAAGCAAUGUGAACUCAGUGUCAGUGAUGGAGGGUGAAUCUGUUACUCUACAAACUGAUGUACAUAUACAGAAAGGUGAUCUGAUCAUAUGGAGGUUUGGAUCUGAUGGUGAUCUCAUAGCUCGAGGUGAUAUGGAGGACGAAAUGGGGAACUAUCGAAAUUACAAGGAUUUAGAGGAUUUAGAGUAUAACGAGGAUUAUGAUUAUAAAGACACUAGAAUCUCAUAUAUAGAUUCUGAUUGGAGAUUCAGAGACAGACUGAAGCUGAGCGAUCAGACUGGAAAUCUCAUCAUCAGUGAUAUCACAACUGAAAACACUGGACUAUAUGAGCUAAAGAUCAGCAGCAACAGCAGAGAGAUCUUAUACAAGACAUUCAGUGUUACUGUCAGGGGUCAAUGGUUUUCAGGUGCGUAUCUAGGAAUUAUAACUGGAAUAGGUGUUUCUCUUCUUCUGUUUGUUCCUCCUGCUGGUGUUGCUUUGAUGGUCUACUUUUACUGCAAGAUCUCGAAAGUAAAGAGACAAACGGUUAAAAAGAAGACAGUGAUGGAGGGAGAUUCAGUCACCCUAUACACUGAUCUUACUAAACUAAAGACCGAUGAUGUGAUCAAGUGGAGAUUUAGAGAUCAAGAGAUCGUAGCUGAAAUCAAUAGAAAGGACCACACGUUCUCUACAUAUGAUGGAGAUGAUGGAAGAUUCAAAAAUAGACUGAAUCUGAAAUAUCAGACUGGAGAUCUCACCAUCACAAACAUAAGAACAGAUCAUUCAGGAUUUUAUGAACUGAAGAUCAUCAGUAGUAAAGGAACAUCAUGGUCUCAGUUCAGUGUUACAGUCACAGAUACAUAACCCAAUUAAGUCUAAUGCUAUCAUGUUUUUGUUAAUAUUCGAGCCUCUGCACAACAUCACAACAUUUAAUAUACAAUGACAAACAAAGUAAGAAUGUCUGCUUCCGGGAAGAGUUUUUUGAUUCAUUUUUUUCUUUUUAUUCUGUGUAAAUGUAUUUUAUUUUUGUUAAUCAUUUUUUUUGUAAAUGUUCUGUUUUUGAUCAGAUCUGAAUAUAAAAAUGUAAAUUCAGAGCUAUUAUGUACAGAUUCAAAAAUACUUGACAGACUAACUAUAUUUAUCUAAUUUUUAAAAUGAGAUGAUUAUUUCUUGUAAGUUUUGUGUUUAAGGCAACUCUUUAGCAUGAGAUACUAAAAUAUACUACCCAUUUCAUUAACAAUUUUUAUUGAUAUAACAACAAAAUACAUAUGCAAUAUGUCAAAAUACAAUAAGGUACCACUUCAGCAUCUAGAAUAAAAAUGAACAAUACAACAACACAUGGGAGGAAAGAAGUAAGGAAUAACACAAAUGCAAAACUUAGACACCUUUAAAUGCCUUCCCGAAACAAUAGUUAAAUGUCAUUAAAAGAACAAGUGCACAGAAGUUUCUGGCUCUUUUAAACAAAAGCCACGAGCCUCUAUUUCAAAAGGAAAUGGUUUAUGUAAAAUCUCAGCGUCGGGUUAAACAUAUAAUGAAAGUAGGCUAUGUGUGGGUGCAGCUCACAGACAACAAUCUGAUAAGAUUUACAUGUAAAUACAAUCUUCAAUACUGGAAUAAAAAACUAGCAAUAUAAAGAACCUGUUUACAAUCAGUAUUUUAUUACACGUGUGUAUGUGCUUACAUUUUACUGUAAAACUUUCAC